UCCACAAGGAGGCCUUUAAAGUUACACCGGAAGUCAAAUGCACCUGUCGCUAUGGUAACAGCUUCUAAGAAACAGGACUUUUUCGCUUCAGUUAGACUUAGAAGUUAACUUCAGGACAAGUAAUGGAGUCASAGCUGACUGACGGGAAAACCAGACGCGGUGGUAGAAAACAGCACAACAACGUCAGCGACAAAUGCCUUCKACUUACUCCUAUGAUCAACAGCUGCAAGUUGCACCUGAUGACAGCCAAAACACUGGUUGCGGGAAAACUGCAAACGAUGUCUGAUUCUCAAGAUUUCAAUAAACAAACAAACAUCAGCACCACACAAACAGCUGGUGAUUCUAACCCAGAAAGUGAGUUACAUUCCAACAAUAACAYCAGAGUUGGCAGUGACAACUCUGCCCAGCAGUUAGUACGGCUAUCUGGUGCUGCUCCAGUUUCUCACUGUCCAAAUGAAGCUAGAGGCAGAUUAAGCAGAAUGCCUCACAGUGCAGAGAUCACUUGCCAUCACAUGUGUCUAAAGCAUCUCAAGCCAGUAGGUUCUCAGGGGUUUAAUUACAGAGCUUCUUCAGGUUUCACCUGCAGCCAGAUAACUUCUGMUGCCAGUUUUCAUCGCAUAGACUUGAACAGGCGUUGCCUGGAGGAAUUCCCUCAAGUGGGUUUUAUUGAAGAACUCCAACUUCUCAACCUACAGCACAAUCUAAUUACCAGGAUCCAGCAUUUGUCGCAUCUGCAGCAGCUCACUGUCUUGAACUUGCAUGAUAAUCACAUCUCUGAUAUGAAUGGUAUUGAAAAUCUCAGCUCUCUCCAGGUUCUCAUGCUGGGGAAGAACAGGUUGUGCUGAAUGUGUUAAAAUGUAUUAAAUUUAUGUAAUUUUCCCCAAUUUGCUUUGAUACAGAUCAGGAAGAUGGAAAAUAUAUCCCACCUGAGAGAACUCCAAGUUCUGAACCUGUCCGGUAAUCGCAUCUCAAGCGUGGAGAAUUUGCAGGGCCUCGGCUCGUUGACUGAACUCAACCUGCAGUACAAUUGCAUCUCUGUGGUGACUGAGGUGGACCUCCUGGCCGGCUUGCAGCGUCUCUUUCUCAGCUGCAACAACAUCCACAGUUUUGAUCAGCUAGCCUGCCUUGGAGAGUCGCAGUCCAUUUCUGAGCUCACCCUGGAUGGGAAUCCUGUAGCCCUGGAGACAUGGUACAAGCAGGCCGUCCUGCGCUGUGUGCUUCACCUGAGACAGCUGGACAUGAAGCGCAUCACAGACGAGGAUCGGCGCAUGGCAGGUGUAUUGACUCGAAAAGAGGAAGAAAAGAAGAAGGAGAGUCACAAGCAGACAAUUCAUAAGGAGAAGCGUCGUCUAGCGAUCCGUAAUGCGGCCCAGCAGUGGGAGGGUGUCAAAGCCUGCUUGGAGCUGCCUCCAACUAACGGCUCUAAGGAGGACGCUAGUCCAGAGAACAGUCCUGCUCACAGCCCCGCACAGACCAAUGGCCUUGCACAGGAGACGUCUCCAGAGGAACCAAGACGGAUAAGUCCGGGUUCAGGGCCAGAACGACCAUCAGGGGGAACAGAAAACAGACUCCGCACCAACAGCCGUCCUAACAGCCCUCGAGAUCCAAAACUUGUGGAGACAGGGAGUGGCAACGUUCAGAGCUUGUCCUUGUCUGACAGUCACCUGGCGGAGCUUGAUGGAGACACCCUGCGUUUAUUUGGACUUGGAGCCCUGGAGGCCCUGGAGAGAGGCUGGGGUGUUCAGACUGCUGGUGCUGUCACCGUCAUCGCCUUCCGCUUCAUUAACUUUGAUGCCAUCGUCCCCACUCUUCCUAGGAUAAGAGUCAAGUUCCCAAAUCUGUCGCACYUGAUAUUUCUGGAAACCAACAUCAGCCGUCUCCCACAGCUCGCUGCUCUGGCUCAGGUGAGGCGUCUGGACCAACUGACCAUUCAUCCAGAAGGAAACCCAGUGGUCAGCCUGACUUUGUGGCGCUCAUUCAUCAUCUAUCGUCUCUACCACUUCAACCUUCAAAAGAUCAAUGGCCAGGAGGUGACCAUGAAUGAUGUAAUUGCUGCAGAGCGUGUAUUUGGGACACUGGGUCACAUAGCAGCCACCGAAACCCCACGUUGCCGACUCCUAUUGCUGCUAGAAGAGUCCAGGAAAAGGCAGCUGCAGUUCUUGCUGGAGGGGCGUGGUCGGCGGGCAGGGCUGAGUCCAGAGGAGCUUCGGGAUAAUGGGAAGCUCCUGGGCGAAGGCCUGAGCAGAGCACUCUUUAACUAUCCAAGCAGAGACUGUAAUGCAGAGAGCCCUGAGGAGGGCACUGUGGAGUCAUCGGAGCGCGCCGCCGUGAUAGAACAAUAUCUCCAGGAGUUGGUCAAAAGGGCGUCAGAUACCAAUCUGAAGGGUGAGGCUUUACACAAGCUCUGGCCGUCCAUGUUUGCAGAGAUGGUGAGAGACUGCGUGUUGGAGAUGAGGGACAGAAGGGCCUUCCGCCAAGCCAGUCUUGGAAAGCUCACUGAGACCAAGUGAAAAGGACCAAAGGUUCACCUUAGAUCACAUACACAUUAGCAAAUGUGGACAUUGCUUCCCGCUGCUUUUUUUUUUUUCCCACGUCAAACUCCCAAUUCUUGGCGCUUCAUCUCCCCUCUGAUUUGAUCAGUUGUUAGUUGGAGGCUCUUUUGAGAUGGGGGAUUGAAAGAUGUCUGUAAAAUUGUCAGCACAUCUCGACUGAAUGUAGAUUUUCACUGAUUCCAUUCCUCAGAGUGUGGAACCGUAUCAUGCCUAAGGAAGCUUAAAAGGACUCACUGACUUGUGGUGCACUGACUUCCCUAAAAUAAAAAAUCCUCUGCACUUUAAAAGCUUUCUGAAUKAAAUCCUGCACCGUCCUCGACUAAAAAUGACCAGAGUCUUUUUUUCUGGAGAAUAGAAGGAUUUUUCUGUCUUCUAAUCAGCAUYAUGCAUUAUUAUCUCACUUCGUCCUGCCUGACAUGAAAGAAAGGGCACAGACAAACACAUGGUCUUUUUUGUUUACUACUGACUUUCUGUAUUGUACUUAGUAUUAAAAGAUUCUGCAUUAGCACAAA